AUGUUAUCAUCAUCAUCAUCAUCAUCAUCAUCAUCAUCAUCAUCAUCAUCAUCAUCAUCAUCAUCAUCAUCAUCAUCAUCAUCAUCAUCAUCAUCAUCAUCAUCAUCAUCAUCAUCAUCAUCAUCAUCAUCAUCAUCAUCAUCAUCAUCAUCAUCAUCAUCAUCAUCAUCAUCAUCAUCAUCAUCAUCAUCAUCAUCAUCAUCAUCAUCAUCAUCAUCAUCAGAUCAGUGA